ACUUCCCGUAAUCUCAGCAUCCUCUUACAACACUCUGUGAGGUGUCCUCAAAUACCAAACAAUGAUCGACUGUUCUCGAGUCUGAUUGUUCUUCCUCGUCUGGGUCGAGCAGCACCGAAAUAGUCGUUUCGAGAGAAUGUGCCCUAUGAACCCAUGAUUCCAGUUUGUGUUGUCGGUGUGGCGUAGGGAACAAGAUGAGACCGUUUCCGCGGAAGUAGCGAGAGCGGGGAAAUUUCCAUUGGCUUUCUCCCGGAGGAGAACAACUGAGAGAGAAAAGGAAUCUUCGUGAAUAAUUUCCAAAGAAUUUUCUCGUCUCAUCUCUUCACGCUUAGCAGAACGGAUACACUCGACUAAAUGUGCUCCAUUCGAGUAUCGAGGAGGUCUAAUCCGCGGACGAUCGAAUCAAAAGUCGCCCACGCUACCACAGGUAAAUCGAGGAUGGGAUCAUUCAUGGCCCUGAGUGCUCUUUGUGAGGCGAUUCUCGGCGCAAGUGGACUUCUCGAUCGCCUCCGGAAUCCGUGACGAAUAAAGGCGGGCCGCCUGGAACUCGAUGAUUACCUCCCGACAAACGCACCACAUGGAACGGAUCCCCAGAAGACAGUCAGUGAGCACCGACAAUUCGGAGUUCUCCUCCGGAACUAGUGAGCUGUGGUGAAGAAAAAAGGAGCUGUGAUCCCAUCGGCAUGAGUCAUAAGGCUGUCACUCCGCGGAGGGAGCUUUACGGAAUUCCCAGAGGAAGGUACCGCGCCGAGAAUUGUUCUCUGGAAUGCUCCCUCGUAGUCGGCACCGAAGCCGACGCAUCACGAGACCGGGAAACCGAUUCCGACGGCGUGCGCGCAAAAUCGGAUAGGGGCGAAGACAUCAACGACAGACCUGGCUGUUCCCGCGACGCAAUGAACAAAAACCUUGAAAUCGAUGCGUUUGCUCGGAGUCGGACGAACAGCCGAGCGCAGGAUCUGAAUCAUCCGCUGUUCCGAGCCGUAUGUAAUAACGAUCUUCAGAGAGUCGAAGAACUUCUGCAAGACGGAGCCGACAUAAACGCGAUCGGAUACGAGUAUGGCGGUUAUUUCACCCCGGCCGAAUUCACCCCUCUCAUAUUAGGGGUCGCUCGAGGACAUAUACGGAUAUGCGAGAGACUUCUACAAGUUCCCGACAUAAACCUGAACCAGACGGAGGGUACCGGCAAGACUGCUCUACACGAAGCAGCGAGGAACGGCAACGCGCACAUGGUGAGACUCCUGAAACAAAAAGGUGGAAUCCAGGUGAAUGCCAGAGAAAACAUGUACGGCCACACUCCUCUACAUCUAGCGGCGAUAGGAGGUUACGCAGACGUCGUUGAAUUAUUGCUGGAAGAGGAUGACGUCGACGUGAACGUCAGGGACGCGGUGGGCGGUUCGACUCCUCUUCAUUUAGCGUCGAUCGAAGGUCACGUCGAAGUCGUCGAAUUGCUGUUGUCCAAGGAUGAAAUCGACGUCAAUGUGAGAGAUAACACCGACUGCUCGACCCCACUCCAUCUGGCCUCGAGUGAAGGCUUCGUCAGAGUCGUGAGAUUGUUGCUCCAAAAUCAAGCGAUCGAUGUGAACGUGAGAGAUUCCGAACUCCGAUCUACACCGUUACACCUUGCCUCGGCCGAGGAACGGACAGAGAUCGUUGCGUUACUCACACAAAAAGAAGGUAUCGACGUCAAUGCGAGGGAUAUCAACGAUUCCACCGCUCUGCAUCUCGCGGCCAGCAGAGGCUCCGCGAAGAUCGCGCAACUUCUCCUGAGAGCCGAAGGCAUCGAUGUGAACGCGAGGACCGCCGAUGGCUCUACUCCACUGCACCUGGCGUCGCUGCGAGGUCAUGUUGAAGUUGUGAAAUUCUUGCUGGAACACGAGAAUAUUCAGGUCAACGCUAGAGACGCUGAUAACGGAUCGACACCUCUGUAUCUCGCGAGUUCCCACGGCCACACGGAAGUCGUCAGAGCGUUAGUCCGUAAAGAGGGCAUAGAUCUAAAUGCCGAAAACACCUCACACAGGAACACCGCGCUCCAUCGGGCAUCGAGCCAUGGCUACGCGGAGAUCGUGGAGAUAUUAUUGCAGCAAGACGGCAUCGAUGUGAAUAUUCUGAAUGCCGCAGGGUACACCCCUCUCCACAAGGCGUCGAUCAAGGGGCAUGCCCGAGUUGUUGACCUAUUGCUGAAGAAAGAGGGUGUCGAGGUGAAUUUCAAAGACGGCAAGGAUGGAGACACCGCCCUCAUAUCGGCGGCAUGGGGUGGUCAUGAGAAAGUCGUCGAACGACUUCUAGGCAUCGAAGGAAUUCUGGUCAACGAGAAAAGCGAGGAUGGAGAAACCGCGCUCCACCUGUCCGCCAGCAACGGUCACUUGGAAGUUGUCAGAAUGCUGCUCAAAAGCCCAGGGAUUCUGAUAAAUGAGAAAGAUCAUAUCAAUUCUCAGACACCGUGCCAUCUGGCGGCAGACAAUGCCUAUCCCGAAGUUCUAGAAGCGAUACUCAGUCAUCCGGAUACUGACGUGAAUGUGAAAGACAACGCGGGGCGAACUCCGCUACACUUGUCCGCCCUCUGUGGUAAUUCGAAUCAGGUAGAGAUGCUCUUGCAGGCGGGUGCUGACGUUGAUGAGAAAGACGACGGAGGCAACACCGCACUCCAAUUGGCAGCAGAGCACGCAGACGGCAGACCACGCGAUCGCUCCUCUUGUGUCGUCGACAUGAUCGCGGAAUCGAUGAGAAUUGUGGACAAAUCUGAUUUCGGUGACGAUGCCGCAGAUGGGAGAUCAGAUGAUGUUGUCAGACGUUCGAGACCGAACUUGAAGUCAUGGAUUCGGCAGGUCUCCAAGAGGAGGGCUAGGCACACGACUAAUGAGUGAGAUAAGGCUGCAAUAGUCGAAUAUGUUCGACGCGAUGGUUUCUUGAGGAUGCUGAUAUUUUCUCAUGGAAUCUUCUCGAUAUGCUG